AUGAAGAACUAAUAGUUAUUGUAGACUAAAAAAUGGGUAUAAGAUAAAGAUGCUAAAGCUUGUAAGAAAUGCUAAACACCAUUUAAAGCAAUAUUCCGAAGAAAACAUCAUUGUAGAAAUUGUGGAGAUUUAUUUUGUGAUAGGUAUUGAUUUGUAUAUAGAACUUCAGUUGUUCAAAUUUCUUUAUGGAUAAAACUAACUUUAAAAACUUUUAGGAAAUCAAAAAAAACAAAGUAUGAUUCUUUAUGAUGAAUAAUAAAGGUGCGACUGUGUUAGGAUUGCUAUAAUGAGAUCAAUAAAAAGUUAAGAGAAAAUGGAGAAAUAAUUGAAGAUAAGAAUUCUCUUAGUGUUCUUAAUUCAUAAUAAAUGAGAAGACAUUCUAAAUCAUUUAAUGUUAUGGAUGAGAAAUUACCAGAAUCUGCAAAAUAAGUAUAUAUUGUGUUUAGAUCUAUAAAGACAUCACCUCCUCCCACUUUAUAAUUAGUACCUCAAAUUAAAAUUGAAUCAUAGCCAAUAUCAUAGAUUUAUAAAAUUCAAAUUCCUGAUACGAUAAUAAUAGGAGAUGACAUGGAAUAAAAGUAAAAAAAAUUAGAGGAGAGAAUGAUUUCCACAAUUGAAGAUUUUGUUGAAAGAAGAACAUUAGCUUAUGGAAUAAAAGAGAAUUGGUAAGGAAUAAUGUCUGAAUUUAUACGUAAUUCAAUUGAAUACUUAAAAUGUGUCUAAAUUUAAUAAGAAUAAGAAAUAAAAAAUAAAAUAAUAUUUAUCUAAAUCUAAAUAAUUCCAUUUAUUAAUUAUGCAGCUACACGAUAUUUAAAAGGUGUAACAAUUAGAAAAAAUAUAGCUCAUAAACGUAUGAAAACUCAUCAUAAAUCCCCUUAAUUUUUGUUACUUUUUGGAUCUCUUGAUUUGGAUAUAUAAAAUUUCGAUAAUUUAGUUAAAAAUUAACAUAAAUAUAUAUAAUAAGCUUUAGAAUAAAUAGAUAUUCUUAAUCCAAAUAUCAUUUUGAUAGAAAAGGGUAUAAAUAAUACAUUAUUAAAUGAAUUUUUAAAAAAGGAUAUCACUGUUUCUAUUCAUUGUAGUUAAAAAAAACUCUAAAAAGUUGAAUUAGCAGUAAAUGCUAGAAUAUAGAAAGCUGCAGAUGUUUUUAAUAAAUGUUGUGAUAAAGAUUGUAUAGGCAAAGCAGAUACAGCAUCUUAUGUAAAUUGUGAUCCAGAGACAAUUAAAUAAAAUAUUAGUUUAUAUAGUAGAUUAGAUGAUAAAGAUAAAUCUUUACUUGAAUUACAUCUUAAAAAAAAGAAAAACAAAGAUAAAACUUUUUUAUUCAUUCAUACACCUUAAUCAACAUCUUCUUUUUAAAUAACUUUAAGUGGACCUAAAAUAACUGAAUUGAUUGAUGUAAAAAAAUGUUUUUAAUAACUUUGUUGUAUAUGCUUUUAGAUGUCUUUAGAAUUUGAAAUGAUUUUAUUAGAUUAUAAAUUAAAAUUAGAUUUAGAAUAGAAAUAUAAAUAGAAUGAUAAUCAAAAGUCCCCAAUGAUUACUUGUGGAGAAGUAUCAGAUUUUUCAGUUUAAUUUAUGACAGAUUAUGAAAACGAAAGAAUUAGGCUUUGUAAAGUAAGAUAUCAUCCAGCUGUUAUCAAUACCAUCCAUGAUAUUCAAAAAAAAAAUAAGUAAAUAUUAUAUCAUUAAUAUCAGUGACUAGAGUUUAGAAAACUAUAUUAAAUAAAACAUAAAAAAUAUAAAUAAUAAGAAAAUUCCAUAUUUUAGUUAAUUUUGUUAAUUUUAAAAAGAAGUUUUUAAAUUUUUUGAUAAUGAAGAAAAUGAAAAUGAUGUUUUUAGUUUAGGCAAAUAUAUUAGUGCUAAAGCUAUAUAAUCUAAUGUGAAAUGUGAUAAAUGUUAAACAAAAAUGAUCAAUCAUGUUUCAAUAAGAUAUGGACCAGGAGCAUUUGUUAGAUGUGUUGUAGAAAAGAAAAAAUAAUAAAAUUUAUAAGUUAAAGCUAGUAUUAAUUUAAAUAAAGAAAUUAAGAAAGAAUCAAGUUUUCUAUAAUUAUAAUCUGUUAAUGAUGAAAUAUCUACAUAAUGUGAUACUAUAAUAGUAGAUGAUGAUCACAAAAUUUAAUAAUAAUAAUAAUAAUAAUAAUAAUAAUAAUAAUAAUAGAUGGACUUAAAUAUUAUCACUUAUAUUAAGUGUCUUAAUACUAAUUGUGAUAAAUAAUUAACAAAACCUUUUAAAUUAGAAAAGAAUCAUUUAGAAUUCUCAUUUUUUAAAUUAAUACAAUAUCUCAUAAAAAAUGCAUUAAGAUUGAAAAAAUCAUAAAAGACAAAUUGGCUUACAUUUGAAGGAGAAUUAAAUGAAUAAAUAGAUUAAUUAGAAGUUUGUAAUCAUAGUUAAACUGAAAGAGUAUUUGAAUGUAAUGAUUUUUAAAUCAAAUUAUUUACUAAUUUAUUUGAUAUUUAUAGGAUUAAACAUUUUUAAUUUAAUUGUUAAGAAGUAAAAUAACAUAUAGAAAAAUAAGAUAAAGAAGAAAUAGAUAAAAGAAAAGAUACUUUAAUUUGCUAUCUAUAAUAAUUAUAAUAAUUAAUUUUAAAUAAAGAUAAAAGUACUAGGAAUAGUUAGAUGAUGACAAUAUCAACAUAAAACUUUUCAAAUUUAAGUUUUGAUAGAGAUCUUACUUAAAUUAGUCAAUUUCAAGAAAGUUCUUUAACUUUAAUUGGGAAUUUCAUUGAAAGAUUAACAUAAUCAACUUUUCCUGAUUUUAUAGCAUUAGAAUAAGAAAGUAUGUAACUCUACUAACGUUUAUAUUAAUUAGAAAUUAAUGAUCAAUUAAGGAUUUCAAAAAUAAAAAAUGAAUCUUCAAUAUCUAAAUAGAAAACAUCCUAAUUCUCAUUUUUAACAACCGAAAGUGGACCUUCUAUUAAAAAUCCUUUUAGAAAAACUCUAAAAGAAAAUACAACAAUUAUCUAAAAUAAUAAUAAUGAAAAUUUUUUUCCAAUUUAACAAUUACCUCCAUAAUAAUAUACACAAUCACCAGAAUCUCCUUAUUAAGAAAGUUUAAAUUAAUAAGAUGAACAAUCAGAAUUAGGAUUAGAAAAACCAUUAGAUAAUGAUGUCAAAUCAUUUUUUGAACAAUGGCCAAAAUCAGCUAUAAAUUAUGAUUAAAGUAAUUUUUAAAUAAAAUCAUUUUUUGAAUACAUUCCAAUUUAUAAUUAAAAUGAUAUCGGAUUAAUUGCAGCUGCUUUAAAUCAUCCUAAAUAUUAUGAUUUAUAUGAAAAUAAAUAUAGAUUUACUGAAUUUUGGGAAAAGAUACAAGAUUUAUCUUUAUUAAAAGAUUUAGAAAUUGAAGCUGCAAAAAUAUUAAAAGAAUAAUCAAGAUUUGCAUUAAUAGAAGAAUUUUAAAUAAAAUUAAGUAAAAGUACUACAUUACUAAAGAAAACUAGUUUAAAUAAUUUAUAAGAUCUAGAUGAGGAAGAAUAAACUAUUAUUUAAUCUACAGCAGAGUCUCCUAGAAAACCAUCAAAAUCUAUUAUAAUCUAGUUAUAUUAUCCAAAAUAAUUUGAAUGUUUUAGAAUGUUAAAUGGAAUUAAUAUCAAACAGUUUAUUAAAUCAAUUGCAAGUUGUUCUAAUUGGAAUUCUGCAGGUGGUAAAAGUGGUUCAACAUUCUAUAAAUCAUCUGAUAAUUUAUUUAUUUUCAAAGCUGUUAAAGAAUCUGAAUUUAGUAUGUUUGAAUCUUUUGCUCCAAAAUACUUUGAACAUCUUUAUUCUAACAUUUAUGAUUAAAAACCUUCAGUUUUAAAUAAAAUUUAUGGAAUGUUUACAAUUAAGAAUUCUAGAGGAACUACAUAUUUCAUUGCUAUGGAAAAUUUAUUUUGGGGUAUGGAAGGUGAAUUAACUGUUUACGAUCUUAAAGGUAGUAAUGCUAAAAGAUGGAAUCGUAAAAAUCUAAAAACUCUUUUAGAUACUAAUUAUAUUAUAGAUAGGAAUGGUGAACCCUUGCCUGUGUAAGAGUAAGAUUUCAACUUCUUAGAAAUCGCACUUGAAUCUGAUUCUUAGUUUUUACUUGAAGUUGCUGUUGUUGAUUACUCAUUAUUAUUAAUAAUAGAUAAAUAAAAUCAUUUGAUAAAAAUAUCAAUCAUAGAUUAUUUAUAAUGUUAUGAUUUUAUGAAAAAAAUGGAAACAAAGUAUAUUUUAUAUAUAAAUUUAGAUUGAAAACUGCUAUGAAUUUAGGAAUGGAAUAACCAACAAUUGUUAAGCCAGCAGAAUAUAAAAUUAGAUUUAUUAAAAAAAUGAAAUAAUACUUUAUGGGAAUAUACUCAUCACUAUGA